AUGAGGCAAAGCUCCAGUGCAGCUGAGCUAUUUAUCUGCAUCUAUACACAGUACCACAAGAAUGGCUGUCUCGGUACUUCGACUUACAAUCGUACUGGGACUGCUUGUCUUAAUACUGACCUGCCAUGCAGAUGACGAGCCAGAGGAAACAACAGAAAAGAAAUCAGGUGAUUCAGAAACAAAGCCAGACACAGACAUCCCCAAAUUCCUAAACCUCCUGGGCACAGAGAUCAUUGAGAAUGCAGUUGAAUUCAUCCUUCGUUCCAUGACCAGGGGAUCGUAAGCCCUGAGACAAAGCUUGCUUUUGUCCUACUCCCUAUUAAUAAUGACUAUAUUGUCUCAAAUGAAUAAAAAAGGAAAUU